CAAUAAACACUAAAUCACUCACUUGCUAUGAUAUAUCUACCUCAUGCACCUCUAGUUUAUCUCUACCACUCUGCUAGAUUCUCACCAAAAUCCUUUGUUAGAUCUAACAGAAUUACACACACUUGUCACACCUUUAACUAUGUGUUCGUGAAAAUCUCACAAUUUUGUAACAAUGAACAAAAUCCAUUAUCUGGGUUUUGACUACCGUUGACUAGAUAGUGUUUUACAAUGAAGAGAUCAGUUCGUCCCAUUUUCAGUGUAUUGUUUCUAGCGGCAGCUGCCUUCACUCUUUGCUUCAGAAUUCUGGUCACCGGCGGCUCCGGCGCCGGAGAGUUCUUUUACAGGACCACUGGAGUAGAACUACAGAAGCGUUUGCCGGUAUUUAAUGAGACAUUAUUGAAGUUUGCUAGUGUUGAUUUGGCUGAAACUUCAUUGAGGCAAAACGUCGAACAGUUGGUGGGUGGUAAUUUUAGAGGGUUAGAAAAUGGGCGGCAAAGGUCUUUCUUGAUGUCAGGGAAGUACAGGAUUGAUAUACGUGUUAGGUCGGCCAAAGGGGUUCCGGUGAAUCUCCGGUCGCCGGAGAUUUACCGGCUGUGGUUGGAUUUCCGGCGGUAUUUACAGAAGUGGUGGAGAAAUCAUCGAUUUCGGGCUGAUAUAAUGUCGGAUAUGGCGAAUGUGGUCAAGAUUUUAGAAGGGGGUGGAAAUGGGACUGUUUUUGAAAAAGGGUCAAAGUUUAAAUCUUGUGCAGUUGUGGGAAAUAGUGGGAUUUUGUUAAAAUCUAAUCUUGGUAAUGUGAUUGAUGAGCAUGAGUUUGUGAUCAGGUUGAAUAACGCUAGAACGAGCGGUUUUGAACGUAUUGUAGGUACGAAAACGAGCCUUUCGUUUGUUAAUAGUAACAUUUUGCAUUUGUGUGCUAGAAAAGAAAGUUGUUUUUGUCACCCUUAUGGUGAAAAAGUACCUAUAAUGAUGUACAUGUGUCAAAUGAUGCAUUUUCUUGAUUAUGUUGUGUGUAACGCGACACAUAAGGCGCCUUUGAUGAUAACUGACCCCCAAUUUGAUGUGUUGUGUGCACGAAUUGUAAAGUAUUAUUCAGUGUCAAGGUUUGUUAAAGAAACCGGGAAGCCGUUAGAAGAUUGGGCUGGUUCACAUGAUGGGUCUAAUUUCCAUUAUUCGUCGGGUAUGCAAGCUGUUAUGCUUGCAUUGGGGAUUUGUGAUCAAGUUAGUAUUUUUGGGUUUGGGAAGUCGGACGUUGCUAAGCAUCAUUAUCAUACUAAUCAGAAAAAGGAGCUUCAUUUGCAUGAUUAUGAAGCGGAGUAUGAUUUGUAUCGGGAUCUUGUGGAGAGACCUGAGGCAGUUCCAUUCAUAUCAGAUACGUUCAAGUUCCCUCCUGUUGUUAUACAUAAAUGACACGUUUUAUACUACACGAUUGAAUUAGUUUUUUGUGAGAAUUGCAUUGUAAGUGUCCCUUAAAGGGAACCAGAUAAUACUAGUAAUAGAAUGGUAAAGGAAUACAAAUUGUAUGUAACAUCAAAUUUGAAGAAAUCAAAUGUUUCUUGUUGGCA